AUGACCGAACCAGUAGAUUCACAACUAGAUGAGAAGAUCCAACUUCAAUAUCGUGUUUGGAAGAAGAAUACUCCGUUCUUAUAUGACUAUAUUUCCACAUAUUCAUUACUUUGGCCAUCACUAUGUGUUUCGUUUUUCCCUGAUCUCGAAACCACUGUGGAAAGUCAAGAGGUCUUAUUACAACGAUUACUCUUAGGAACAUUCACUUUGGGUCAAUCAAUCGAUAGCAUAUCCAUGUUACAAUUACCUUACUAUAAGAACCUCAAUCAAAAUUUGGAUAUUGAUCGUUUAAAUUUCAAUCCUGAUAAACUAGAAUUCGAAUUAGGCAAGGUAUCGAAGAAGAAGAUGUCGGUGUUGCAAAAGAUAAAUCAUCUUGGUGAUGUUAACAAAUUAAGGUACAUGCCUCAAAAUGCAGAUAUAAUUGCUAGUGGUAACAAUAUGGGGAAUCUUGUCAUUUAUAAUCGUACUAAGCAUUCUUCGUAUAACACCAUCAAUACCGAUAUUAACACUCCAGAUUUAAUACUAGGAGAACAAGAGAUAGAUGAAAAUCAGGAUAUCUAUGCCAUUGACUGGAACAGACAAAUAGAAGGAAUGAUAGCGUCAGGUAAAAUGAAUGGGAGGAUUGACAUAUACGAUAUUAAAUCUCAAUUCAAAGAUAAAGAUAAUACCACCAUUAAACCUAUAAAAUCUAUAUUGAAUGUAGCUGGUGUUAAUGAUAUAGAAUGGGUACGUCAACAUGACUCCAUUUUUUGUAUAGUUGACGAAGCUGGGCACUUGAAGUUGAUAGAUAUGAGAACAGACAGCCCCACUAUAGAUAAGAAGAUCUUACCUAAUGCCAUCAAUUCCGUCAGCAUCAACCCCAUGAACCAACAAUAUUUAUCCACGGGUGAUAGUAAAGGAGUUGUAGAAGUAUGGGACAUAAGGAACCUCGAUCAAGGAACUUCUUUGUUCAACCUUUCUCAUCAUACAGAUUCAAUAACGCAAGUCAAAUGGCAUCCUAAAUUCCACAAUAUUUUGGCAUCAAGUUCUUCUGAUAAAUUCCUCAAGAUUUUUGAUGUUGACAAACAACCUGAUCCAUUGAUCUUCAACCAUGGAGGUCAUAUGUUGGGAGUUAAUGAUUUUGACUGGUCUUUACAUGAUGAUUGGAUGGUUGCAAGUGUAGCUGACGAUAAUUCUCUUCACGUGUGGAAACCAUCAAAAGAGAUUGUUAAGAGUUAUAGUUAA